GGUGUGUCGGCAGCAGGUGCAGCUGAUUCAGCAGGCAAGGGGGGAGCAGGAGAAGGAAAAGCGUCGGCAGAAGCAGGAGCAGGAGCAGGAGCAGGAGCAGGAGCAGGAGCAGGAGCAGGAGCAGGAGCAGGAGCAGCAGGGAGGGCAGAUAAAGGGUCACAGGUGGCAGGUGUUGUGGGGCAAGCACCUAUGCCGGGUGCGAGUGUGAGCAGUGGUGGUGGUGGUAUGGUUCGUGAUAGGUAUGGUGAUGCGACCUACAAGCACCAGACGUUUCUGCAAUCGCAGCAGAAGCAGGAGCACCAGCAGCAGCAGGACAAGGACCAGGAGCAGGAGAAGGAGCAGAAGCAGCACCAGCACCAGCACCAGAAGCAGCAGCAGCAUCCCCAGCAGCAGCAUCCCCACCACGAAGGCCAGCAUUUCCACUUUCAUAUGAGCUUUAGUCAUCACCAUCAGGGCAGUCAUCAUCAGCAGCAGAAGCAGCAGCAUGCACAUGCGGGCUCAGAGUGCCAAGACUGUAGCAACCACAGCGGCAGCCAGCACAGCAGCAGCAGCCACCACGACGACAGCCGUCACAGUGGCAGCCAGCACGCCCAGUUGCACCUCCCCCUUGGUGCAGCCGUCCCCACACACGCCUGCAGGCUAUGCCGGGUCGGAUGCAGAGGGGCACACUCCCAGUGAGGAGAAGCGCAAGCGGUUCAACGCUGGCGAGUGGAUCGGGAACCUGAUCAAAGGGAAGGACCACAAGGAGCACGCGCAGCACGGGCAGCAUGGGCAUGCGCAUACGCAUGGCCAUGCACUUGCACAUGCACACUCACAGGAGCAUGCACAUGGGCAUGGGGUGGGCCUGUUUUCGGGGCACGGCAAGGCUCACCAGAAGCAGGAAAGCCACGUGGGCAGUGACUUUGUGGCGGCUGCUGCUGCCCGAGCCAAGGCUGCUGCUGCUGCUGCGUCUGCUUCUGCUGUUACUGCCUCUGCUGCCGGUGCUGGUGGUGGUGCUGGUGGCGCUGCUGCUGCAAACGCAGGUCAUGGGGGGGUGGCAGGAGCGGCAACAGGUGGAACAGUGGCUGCGGGAGCAGUGGCAGGUGGUUCUGCUAUCCACUCACAUGAGCAUGGGAAUGGGCACGGGGAUGGGCAGGGGGGGGAGCAUGGGCAUGGCAUGCAUGCAUCACCAGGGCAUGGUAAGCAUGUUGCCGCAGGGGCAUCCGGGCAUGGUGUGCAUGGGUCUCCAGCACAUGGCAUGCAUGGGUCCCCAGGGCACCAGCAACAGGGGCAUGGGCAUGAGGAUGGUCAUGAUGGUAGUAACCACAAGCAUGGCAUCUUUGGUAACUGGGGGCAUGGCAUGCAUGCGUCUCCAGGGCAUCAGCAGCAGGGGCAUGGGCAUGACAGUGCGCAUGGGCAUCAUGACGGUAGCAACCACCAUGUCAUACUUGGAAUUUUUACACAUGGGCAUGAGCAUAAUCCCGACCAUGCACACGCACAUGCACAUGCACAUGGGCAUGGGCAUGGGCAUGGGCAUGGGCAUGAGCAUGGGCAUGGGCAUGGGCAUGGGCAUGGGCAUGGGCAUGAGCAUGGGCAUGGGCAUGGUGUAGGGCUGUUCUCAGCGCACGGCAAGAGCCAGAGGCAGGAGAGCCACGUGGGCAGUGACUUCGUGGCGGCAGCUGCGGCCCGAGCUAGAGCUGCUGCUUUGGGAACUGGAGGCUCGGCAACAGGGGAGGGCACAGGCAGCGAGCGCAGCUAUGACAGCAUGGAAGGGGGGAGCAGGCAGGGCCACGGGUCGGAACGUGGGCAUGGUAAAGGGCAUGGGAUGGGGCAUGAGCGUGGGCAAAGGCAAGAGCAGGGGACGGUGCUCCAAGAGCCAGCAUCCCCGGCUCACUCGUCCUCCUCUCAGCACAGCCAGAAGCAGCACCUGGCAUCGCCACAGCAUCAGCAGCAGCAGCAGCAGCCAUCACCUCAGCAGCAGCAGCAGCAGCAGCAGCAGGAGCCACAUAAGCAUCACCACCAGCACCAGCACCGCCACCAGCAGCAAAAGGAGGAGAAGAAGAAGAGCAAACAGAGCAACGUGGGCAGCAGCCUUGUCUUCGCAGCAGCAGCAGCAGCGCGGCAGAAAGCAGCAGCAGCAGCAGCAGGAGGAGGAGCAGGAGGAGCAGGAGCAUCAGGGAGGCAUCUAGGCAUACCUGGUUCAGGCAGCAUGGGCGGCACUGGUGGCACGGGUACGCCUCUCAGUUGUAGGAGCGGACCGGCCAGCGGCAUGAACAGCGGGUUUGGCAGCGGGGCUGGCAGCAGCGGCAGCAUCAGCCCCAUCAACAGCCGAGAGGGGGAGGAGCAGGAGCGGGAGCAGAGUCAUCUUAACCCAGAGCGUACCAACUGACUAUGCACAGCGCCAGCACCCCUGGUGGUAGCAGCGUUGCUGGCAGCGGUGUCGAUGGUGGUGCUGAUGCUGAUGGUGCUGCUAGUUAUGGUGCUGGUGCGGGUGUUGGUCCAGGGGGUGGUAGUGGCAGUGGUAGUGGAA